CACAAAGACGGUCUCUCGCUGGACUUCUGUUUCCUGCAAGUCUGACGUCACCUGCCAGCACGCCACGUGUCCGAGCAACUCCACGUGCAUGCCAACGAGUGACAGCAAGGGCGUCACCUGUGCAUGCAACCCGGGCUUUGCUGCAAGGAAUGGCACUUGCCAUGACAAUUGUGAUGCCGUGAAGUGUGGGCCUGGCGGCAACUGCGAGAGGGAUGCAAACGGAGAUCCAUCCUGUAGUUGCAGCGCUGGCUUCACGUCGUCUUCUGACAAGCUCUCUUGCAUUG